AUGUCCAAGUCGUACUUCAUUUCUGGUGCUAACCGUGGUAUCGGAUUCGCCCUUGUCAAGGUACUCAGUGCUGAAUCUAAGAACACUGUGGUAGCCGGUGUCCGUAACGUGGACGGCGCUGGUGAAUUGAAAAAAUGGGCUGACGUGCACACUAACGUGAAAAUUGUGUCGUUAGACGUUUCCACUGCAGAAAGCAACGAAAAGGCUGCCAAGGAAGUUGCAAGUAUUUUACCUGAUGGCCUUGACGUGCUGAUAGCAAAUGCGGGCAUUGCAAACUCAGCAGGAGCAACCAUUUUGGAGAGUGCUGACGUUUCGUACUACGAACAUUUCACAGUCAACACUGUGGGUCCAAUCAGACUUCUUCGUGCUUUCAAAUCUCUGCUGGACAAGAAGUCAACCAAGCACUUUGCGGUGGUGUCUUCAGCAGCUGGCUCUCUUGUCAGCAACAUCAACUUUCCCUUAUCUACCUCUUCCUACGGUUUAUCAAAGGCUGGCAUUGAUUUUGCAAUCAUCAAUUUGAACAGAGAAUUGGGUCCCGAAGGCUACAAGGUCGUGGCUUUACACCCUGGUGUUGUCAGCACCGAUAUGGGUAAAAAGGCUUUGAACGACGAAAGGUUUAAGGACGUGCUUGAUGAAGUGAGCGAGCAAUUCCCAAUCAUCACACCCGAAGAGUCUGCAGAAGCAAUCAACAAGAACAUUUUAGAAAAACUGCCCGAAAUUGCUGGUAAAUUUAUUUCCUACGACGGGACUGAGGUUCCAUGGUAG